AUCACUUUCCCAUUUCACUCAAAAAUCAUUUUUAUUUUCUCUUGUGUUUGUGGAUUUCGAAGAGAUUUUGAUUAUGUUCUCAUAAAUAAAAACUUUCUGUUUGGAUGCCAAUAAAAUUGAGUAACAGAAAGGAAAAAACCAAAAUUUAUUUAUUUUUCUCACAUUUUGUUGAACAAAAAGUUAUCUGGAAAAUGGCGCAUGAAAGUAUUGGGAUAGCCAGAGAUGUCACUGAAUUGAUUGGUAAAACUCCAUUGGUAUACCUGAACAAUGUGGUGGAUGGUUGUGUUGCUCGAAUUGCUGCUAAGCUUGAAAUGAUGGAACCCUGUUCUAGUGUCAAAGACAGGAUUGGCUAUAGCAUGAUUGCAGAUGCUGAGGCAAAGGGUCUUAUUACACCAGGAAAGAGUGUCCUCAUUGAACCUACAAGUGGAAACACUGGGAUAGGGCUAGCAUUUAUGGCUGCUGCCAAGAGAUACAGGCUUAUCAUUACAAUGCCUGCUUCAAUGAGUCUUGAAAGAAGGAUUAUUCUCCGAGCAUUUGGGGCUGAGUUGGUUCUCACGGAUCCUGCUAAAGGCAUGAAAGGGGCUGUACAGAAGGCAGAGGAGAUAUUGGCUAAGACACCCAAUGCAUACAUGCUCCAGCAGUUUGAGAACCCUGCGAACCCAAAGAUACACUACGAGACCACUGGACCAGAGUUAUGGAAAGGUUCGGGAGGCAAAAUUGAUGCACUUGUUUCUGGCAUAGGUACUGGUGGUACCAUAACAGGUGCAGGCAAAUAUCUGAAAGAGCAGAAUCCCAACAUUAAGCUUUAUGGUGUUGAACCAGUUGAAAGUCCUGUUCUUGCUGGAGGAAAGCCUGGUCCGCAUAAGAUCCAAGGAAUAGGUGCUGGUUUCAUCCCUGGUGUUUUGGAAGUCAAUAUCGUUGAUGAAGUUGUUCAAGUAUCAAGUGAUGAAGCUAUUGAAACUGCAAAGCUUCUGGCACUGAAGGAAGGUUUACUCGUGGGAAUAUCAUCCGGGGCGGCUACUGCAGCUGCAAUUAAAAUUGCUAAGAGACCUGAGAAUGCUGGAAAACUCAUUGUUGCGAUAUUUCCGAGCUUCGGGGAAAGGUAUUUGUCCUCAGUGCUGUUUGAAUCUGUAAGAAAGGAGGCAGAGAGCAUGACCUUUGAGCCUUGAGCUAUCCGCUGGUUUUAGACAAAGAUUAGGAAUUUUCCUUGGCUGAAUCCCAGCAGUUUUAAUUAGGAUUUUCACACUACAGCUAUGUUUUUCCAUUAAUUUUAGACCCAUUGCGACAUUAAAAAUUUCUCCAUGGAUGUGCUGCAAUAAAGUUUUCAGUAAUUCUAUU